CCCACCCAGCUGUGUAACGCUCCUCAAUCCAUCCAUACCCAGAAUAGACCUGACCACAUUCCUCCUCUGAAGUUAAGCCCAGUGGAACAUUUUCAUGCACCAACUGCUGCGUCCCGAUGCCCCUUGUAUAGCAAUAGCCGCCCGUUAUGUUCCGGGUUAUUUACCCGCCCCGACUGCAGUUUGAUCCCCAAACAAGCCAAAAAAAAAUUUUUUUUUUUAAAGAACACAAUUCCUUUUCGAAGGAAUUUGUCUGGCGGGUUCUAUUCUCGCACCCUCCCCGGCCCCCGCACUUCAUCAGAGCCUUGCAAUCCCACAGCUGUCUCAUUCCCCUGCAUUCAUGCAGGUUCUGAUUACUACGCGUUCUCUUGAUGUUCAACUCCUGUUGUGACCCAACACCCCAGAGGCGGAGCAAACAAGCUGAGACGUCAGGGCAAAAAAAAAAAAAAAAAAAAAUCCUCCUAGCCAUGCAAGCUAUCCCUCUGCUCAGCUGCUCCCAGCCCACAUCCAUGGCUUGUGUGACAGCAUCGGAACACAGAAGCCGCGUUGAAAUGCAGUUAGCAGUACAGCUGGGAGGCAGGCAAGGAGGCGAUGGUCCAGUGACGAAAAUGAGCUUCCCGUGAGCUUGCUGGUCCACUGCGGUGCCUGCGAGGGGCCCGGCGCUUCCCCUUGCAGCAGUGCCGGGCUCGGUGCAAAAAUACCCUGCGGUGCAACUCAGUUUCUCUUGGUGACUGCGGCGUUCCUCCCCCAGCACCCCCCCCCCAUUUUUUCCUUCCCUCUUCCCGUGCCCUCUUCUCUAGGAUGGCGGAGGCAGAAUUGCACAAGGAAAGGCUGCAAGCCAUAGCCGAGAAAAGAAAAAGGCAGACGGAAAUAGAAGGCAAGAGGCAGCAGCUUGAGGAACAGAUCCUUCAGCUGCAGCAUUCCAAGUCCAAAGCCCUCCGAGAAAAAUGGCUUCUGCAAGGAAUGCCAGCUGGGACUGCCGAAGAGGAAGAAGCCAGAAAACGACAGUCUGAAGAAGAUGAGUUCAAAGUUAAAAAACUGGAAGAUAAUAUUCACAGGCUGGAGCAGGAAAUACAGACACUAGAAAGUGAAGAAUCCCAGAUAUCUGCCAAAGAGCAAAUCAUCCUAGAGAAACUAAAGGAAACAGAAAAAUCUUUCAAGGAUUUUCAAAAGAGCUUUUCCAAUACGGAUGGAGAUGCAGUAAAUUACAUUUACACCCAGCCCCCUGACUUGCCAAUCCUCUAUUCACCAACAACAGAAUCAUCUCCUGAGCAAGACGGGACGAGCAGGGUAGCUGCUGUGUACGCCAUGGAAAUUAAUGUGGAGAAAGACAAACAAACAGGAGAGACCAAGAUUCUCUCUACAGCCACCAUUGGCCCAGAGGGGGUCCAUCAGAGAGGAGCCAAAGUCUAUGACGACGGUACCAAAGUAGUCUAUGAGGUACAUUCGGGAGGUACCGUGGUAGAGAAUGGAGUGCAUAAAUUAAGCUCCAAGGACGUAGAUGAACUAAUUCAGAAAGCCGGACAAUCAAACACGAAAGGAAGACAGGAGGCAAAGGCUGUUUUGGAGAGGACUGUGAUAGCGGACGGGAGACUCAGCCACACGAAGGAGCAGAUGCUUUGCAAGGAGGCAAAGUUAGAAAUGGUCCACAAAUCUUGGAAAGACUAUUCUGCCGAGAGCGCGGAACAACAAGCCAAAGUCCCCAGAGCCGACGUCCCGGCCGAGGCCAGCAUGGACCAGCCGGUCACCAUGAUUUUCAUGGGCUACCAAAACAUAGAGGGCGAAGAGGAGGCUAAAAAGGUGCUAGGCUACGACGAGACCAUCAAAGCAGAACUGGUCCUCAUCGACGAAGAUGACGAGAAGUCCCUGAGGGAGAAGACCGUGACGGACGUGUCCACCAUCGACGGCAACGCCGCCGAGCUCGUCUCCGGGAAGCCCAUCUCAGACACCACGGAGCCCUCGUCCCCGGAAGUGAAGGAAGAGAGCCUGGCCACAGACCCAGUUCCAGGAUCUCAGUGGGACAGUGUGCUGCUGUGUGGUGACCAGAAAUCCUUGGAUCCAUUAGAAACUUUUGACAUAGAAAUGACUAUACAGAAACCUCACAAGCUUCUCGAGGAUGAAAUCAGAUUGACAAAAGGUGGAGAUCCCUAUAGUGCCAAUCUGCUGGAACCUCCCACCAGCAUUCUUCCCCCCAGCUGCAACAAGAACAUGGAAAUUGAAAUCCCCAUUGCAGAAUGUAAAAGUGUCUCUGGGGUUUCUUCAGCAUCACAUUCCAUGGACAGUUCCUCUCCUUUUUAUUCCCCCCAUAAUGGCCUCAUCUCAGACCACCACCAUGAAUCCCUGGAUAACGAGGUGGCUCGAGAGAUCCAGUAUUUAGAUGAAGUUCUAGAGGCCAACUGUUGUGACUCUGCUGCUGAUGUGACUUACAACGGGACGUCUUCACCGGAGCCAGGCGUCACCAUCACUGUGGGCGGCUCGGGUCCUUCCGUCCACACCACUAACCACAUAGAAGCCGCCACCGAGAGGGAAGCGGUUCUCCUCGUUGGCAGGCAAGCCCCUCCUCUCCUCGGGCUGAGCCAAGGGGACGUCAUGGCAGACACCUUCAGGGCAAACGGUCACUCUCCAGAUGGCCAGAGGGAGGUGCUUGGGGAUUGCCUUCAAGCUCCCGUGAGCCCCAGCUCUUCAACCAGUUCAAAGGGUUCUUUCCGGGAUGGAGAGACUACUACCCUCACCACUCUGAAAAAAGAAGCUAAAUUUGAAUUACGUGCCUUCCAUGAGGACAAGAAGCCAUCCAAACUUUUCGAGGAUGAUGGCAGCGAGAAGGAAACGUAUAGGGUCCGAAAAGUAAGGCCAUCCGAGGAGAUGCUGGAGCUGGAAAAAGAGAGGCGAGAACUCAUCCGGAGUCAGGCAGUGAAAAAAAAUCCAGCCAUCGCCACCAAAUGGUGGAACCCACCCCAGGAGAAGACCCUAGAGGAGCAACUGGACGAUGAGUCUCUGGAGUCACAUAAAAAAUACAAGGAACGCAAGGAGAAGAGGCAGCAGCAAGAGCAGCAGCUGCUCCAGCAGCAGCUGUCCCCACCUCAGCCUUCCCCGAUGGCAGCCUCCCCUAAACAGAAAGAAUGUCCUUUGGACCUCGCGGACCCUUCUGGCGCGCCGAAGGAGGAUGUUGUCACAGAGCAGAUAGACUUCUCCGCCGCCAGGAAGCAGUUUCAGCUGAUGGAGAAUUCGAGGCCGAUCGGAGGCAGGGGCCAGGGAGCGCCCCGACUCUUCUCCAUCAAGCCCUUUUAUAGACCUUUGGGUUCCAGCUUCUCAGAGAAGUCCUCGACCAUCACCAGACCCGUGUCAGGCGUGGGGCGGAUGGAGGAUGAUGGGAUAUCGGCAUCGAAGGGGCAGAAGGUCUCCUGUGGGCCCGAGAACCAGCUUUCAGGAGGCCAGAACAGUACUGGGAGCCCAGAAAAGGAAUCUCCCUCAAAAGCCAAGCUGUGGGCGGAGGAGGGCGAGUUUACAAGCGCCCGGGCUGUCUUCACUGUGGUGAAGGAUGAGGACCCCGGCCUCUUAGACCCCUUCACGAGGUCUGUCUACGUCUCGUCGCCCCCAGAGGAGCUGGACUCUGGUUUAGAAGAGCUCUCCGUGAGGUCUCAGGGCACCACGGUGCUAGAAACCCUGUCCAAUGACUUCAGCAUGGACAACCUCAGCGACAGCGGCGCGUCCAACGAGACGAUGAACGCCCUCCAGGAAAACUCCCUGACAGAUUUCUCUCUGCCCCAGACCCCCCAGACGGACCUCCCCUCCGAGGGACGGGCCGAAGGAGUGUCCAAGUCCUUCAGCGACCACGGCUUCUACUCCCCGUCCUCUCUGCUCGGAGAUUCCCUGCUGGCCGACGAUCCCCUGGAAUAUCACGCUGGCCUUUUGGUGCAGAACGCCAUCCAACAAGCCAUCGCUGAGCAGGCCGACAGAGCCAUUUCCAGAGCAAACGAGGACGACCCGAAAGCUUGCCCGGGGGAAGACCGGCUCGAAGGGGGGGCAGCGGCCCCCAGCUCAGAUAAGCCUCAGAGCUCCUUUAAGCCACCUCAAGUGUCUUCUCCCGUUCAAGAAAAAAGAGAUGUGUUACCAAAGAUAAGGACGGAGGAAAGCCGAGAACUCAGGGAAGGGCCGGCACCGCAGCAGUUUCCCGUGGUUCAUCCUGUGCACGUCGAGGAGAGCAGGCCAGAAGUGAGCUAUUUUAGCAAGUAUUCAGAGGCGGCUGAGCUCAGGAGCACGGCCUCCCUCUUGGCCACUCAGGAAUCGGAGGUGACCGUGGGACCCUUUAAGCUAAGAUCCAGGAAGCAGAGGACUUUGUCCAUGAUAGAAGAAGAGAUCCGAGCGGCCCAGGAGAGAGAAGAGGAGUUGAAAAGGCAGAGGCAAGUCUUACAGACAACCCAGAGCCCCCGGGUGAAGAACGCCCCUACCCUGCCCUCCAGAACAGUGUGCUACAAAACAGCACCCGGGAAAAUAGAGAAAGUCAAACCUCCUCCAUCCCCCACAACCGAAGGCCCCAGCUCGCAGUCUGAUUUACUUCCCGAAGAGGCUGCCGGAUCCCAGCGGCCCAAGAAUCUGAUGCAGACCCUCAUGGAAGAUUACGAAACACACAAAUCUAAAAGGCGCGAGAAAAUGGAUGAGAGCAGUUAUACCUGUAAAUUACUGUCUAACAGCAAGGUUACUUCCGAGGUCCUUGAGGCCACGCGGGUGAAUCGCCGAAAGAGUGCUCUCGCCUUGCGUUGGGAAGCAGGAAUCUACGCCAACCGGGAGGAGGAGGAGGAUGAAUAAAACGCUUCUCCACCAAGACUGUUUGAUGCAUGGAACAAGAAACCCCACCCCCGUCCCCCAGAAAGGAGAAAAGAAAAUAACCUUUUUGAUGAAAUAUUUAUUAAGGAGUAAACAAGCUCAGUGAUUUAGACCAGAAAAACACUGCAAUAGAUAUCUUUGGGAGGAAACUUAAAACAAACAAAAACAAAACAAAACAAAACAAAAAAAAGGAAACUCAUCUACCGAACCUUCAGAUCAUUUACCCCACGGGGGUAAAAAGAGAUCCAGAGAGGAAUCCUGUGACUUCUUGGGCCUUUCCAAAAGGAGGAUAUCACCAACAUCAAUAAGAGUAGCAACAGCUGUGGUGCCUACAGCAAGGAACCAUUGAAGGUCAACGCAAUUACAAAUGGCGGAAACCGAACAGAUCAAUGUGCUUCCUUUGAACAGGACUCCCUGCCUAGCUUUGUGCUAAGGAAGAACAAGCAGUCCGUGAUGGGCUCUAUCAAAAAGGCACAUCUUGUGCAGGAGCAGUUUAGCAGGGCACAUGGUAUUCCUUUGAAUCCUCCUACAGUCUCAUUGCCCCCAUUCCCCAUGCUGUGCUAGGAACAUCAUGAUCACCCCAUCAUGAGAUCAACAGCCAUAAAUAGAAUGGUAUUGCUUUUUUUUUUUUUUUCUCCAAAGAGAGGAAAAGCGACUCUCUUUCUCUUCAUUUAACUUUUUAAACAUCAGGAAUUAUCACUGCAAAAAUAUACAAUCUGCAUUUUACAAUCAGUAUACUUAAUAAAGUAUUUCUUCCUAUUAUAAACACAAUCUCUUUGAGACGAGGAGGUUGAAGAAUGGCAGGGAGGGGAGCCAACACAAAUGAAUUAUUUUAGCUUUAGGAUCCUGUCUGCUUGUAAUAUUGACUGGUCUCCAGUUCCUGAGAACAUAUUUACAGAAUUAUGUUUCUUAAUAUAAAAAUCUGUAUUUAGUGGGCAACAAGUAUUUUUAUGAUGGGAAGGGGGCCGUGCUCAUGUACAGUCUUUACAUGUUGAACAAAAUGAUUCAGAAGGUUUAGGGGUGGGAGAAUAAAUAUAGUUUUUAGAGUGGCAAUAAUUGAAAACAAUAAAAAGGGGGGGCACAUUUUGACUUAGAUGUGUUAAACAAGAAGAAAAUAGCUGUGUUUUUAACUAUAUUUUGUAAUGACAAAGCAGGCCUUGGAGAGAGUGUGGAAAUGGAAAUCUUUGGAUUUCCAGAAUGUGAAAAAUUUGAGAGGUCUUGGAAGUAGAGAGAAGAAGGAGAAAGGAGAGGAAAAGAGGUUAUUUUUGCUGUUCAACCAGUGUUUUUCAGAAUGAUAUAUGGAGACGCAUAAAAUGGGAUUUUGAAGGAUUGGAGUCAGCUACAAAUACUAAAAAAGAGUGUCUGUGUGUGUGCGUGUGUGUGUGUAUGCAUGCAUGCACAUGUAAAAACAUAGUGUGUGUGUGUGUGUGUGUGUGUGUGUGUGGAAAUUCCAGAAUGACCUUGGGUUAGGAUUGUAAAAUUAUUUUCUCCAGGGCUGUUUGCCAGCUACCGGAGUGAUUGAGAAUUUCUUUUUUAUGAAAAGGGAUAUAAAGGCACUGAGUUGAGGCAGUAUUUGUAAUAUUAAAUUGACCUAACAUGGUAUUUGCAUGAGUCCCAAUUGCAAUGUUUUGAGGCAGUUUUGUAAAUUGACAUUUAGGGGAAAGAUUGUGGUAUUUAUUCUUGUGCAUUAUAUUCAUAGGUAGAUUAGAGGAUGCUGGUUUUACUCUUUCAUUUAAAGCAAUAUAAUGAUGAUAUUCUACAAUUGGGUGCCAUAAUAUCUGGAAGAGAUUUUUUUUUUAUCCUGACAAUGAGGAAACAAUAGCCUGCUUCCUUUUCUUCAUGACUAGUAUUUUUAUUUUUUUAAGGUAAUAAUUAAAUUUAGUCUCACUAAAAUUCACUCCUACCUUGUUCCUGGCAUGUCACAUGAUAUGUGUGCUGCUCAAACAGGGAGCAAUUUCACUUAUGAUAAAUUCCACAGUGUAUCUUUUUUUUUUUUUUAAGUAGAUAACAUAAGUGUUGACUUUGGGGGAGGGGGGCACUGUAUAAGCAAAAAUGGUAUUAGCAAAGGGGAUAGAAAUAGUGGACUGCCAAAGAGCUGUCUGUCUGAAGCCAAUUUUUAGAAACGUGAACCAAAAAUUGCACCUGCUGUUAACCUGAUGUAUCUGAACCUGUGGAUUUUGUUUUGCUUUCUCGAAAUAAUAAAGUGAAAUUUCUUUGAGUGCUGUAUUGUCCAUAGAAAUAAGCAAACAAUUCCAAACUGUAGUAACUAGAAACCUCUUUGAUGUUUUUAAGACUGACUUGAUCUCGAUUUGAAUUUUGGGAUUUUAUUUUACUUUUUUUACAAAGAACUUAUGUACACAUUAAAUUCUCUCACUUUCGAGAAAACAUGCAGGUAGAAGGGUAUCUAAUGCACCCCAGUUUGCAUCUCCAGCAGAAGACAUCUCCAGCUCCUAGACCCACCAAGAAUUUUAUAACUAAAAAGAAACUUGGAGGUCAUUGAGGCUAAUGCUUUUUUUUUGAUGGAUUAGACAACUCAGGCUUAAAUGGUUUGCCUGGAGUCACACCAAAUGAUACCACGACAAAGCCAGACUUGAAGCCCAAGUUCCUGAUUCCUCACAUCCAGCAUUUAUUCUGUUCUAAGAUGCCGCCUUUCUGGCUGAGAUUUACUCUCAUUCCUCACUGGGAGGACUGACUGCAAAUUAGAAUUCCCUUAGAGCAUCUGGAUUUUCCAGAAUGCUUAUUCAUCUUGCAAGAAAGAGAUUUAGUCACUGGGAAAAAGAACUCUUUUUUUUUUUUAAGUGAAAAAAUAAAUCCUGCUUCUGUGGCUUACUUCCCUCCCAGCCCCCAAUUCUGUCAUCUCCCUAAAUACCCCAGAAAAAAACACUCAAAGUAUAUGGAAUAUGUGUAUCAUUGAUGAACUAAAGGCUAUCUUCCCCCCACUCCUCCCAAGCACACAAUGCGGAGUGCACUGAUUCUGGAAUCUGAGAAUGUGGGUUCAAAUCCUGCCUUUUGGUGUUUUAUGACUCAUGUGACCAGAAACAAGACAGUUUAAUAUCCAACCCUCCAGGGUCCUGUCUGUUCAGUGGCUGAUGUGACUGGUGGACUCUGGCCUCCCCACCUUUGAUUUUUCAUCCCAAAAUUAAACAGGGUUUUCUCACAGCAGGAGGAGGCAUGGGCUGUGUACCCAUUGGAUAAAACUAUGCAGUUUACUCUCUUUGUCAUUAUCACUUGCAUGUUAUCACGUAGGUGUUUAUAUAUAUUAUAUGUACAUGUGUAUAUGCAUAUACACAGUGUACACACAUACAGAUAUGCUUACAUAUAUACACACAUAUAUGAAAUUCAAAGAAGGAAUACUAUUACAGAAUUAAUGCUAUGUCCACGGAAAAACAAUACCUUUCUCCAACUAAAGAAUGGAUGUAAUGAAAACUGCAUUGGGGAGGGGGAAAUAGCUUCAGGAUUACAUUCAGUGAAUAUAUCCAGUUUUUGGUUCCAGGACUAAUUUCCUGAACUGUUAUUCAGUGAGCUGCCAAAUUUUGAUUUUUGUCUUGCUCUUGAUUAAUAUUAUGUUAAAAAGAAGAGGAAAAAACAAACCAAAAAAAAAAAAAAAGAGGAACAAUAUUUUUGUUCAACAAAACAGCUGUGGGCGGUUGGUUAUGACCUCUCCAUCAUACUGUAUACCUGGCUUUCUGUAUAUGUUAACCUCUUAAAUGUAAUUAUCCCGCUUCUGUUUUAUAGUGACUGUGAGACAUACAAUGCAAGUAUAUAAUUAUUUUCUCAUUAAAACCAAAGCCUGUGUUGUGUUUCUAUAAA